AGGAGCGGAUGAAGUGGGACAGCAAGGCCUUCAAAGUCUACGAGGUGCUGGGCACCCAGGUGCAGCAGUCGACUCAGAGUUUCUGCGACUUCCUCUACUGCCGAGUGCCGGUGUUGCCAGGCGUCAAGGACCGAGACAUGGUACAGGAGCGGUUUCUCAUGAAGCUUCCGGGCGAGCAAGGCUAUGCCUUGGCCAUCCACUCCUGCAGCCCAUCUCAAUGCUCCACUCUAGGGCUGGAACCCACCAACGACGUCAUCCGCGCCCAGACGCUGCUCUCCGGGUACAUCCUCCGCCCACACCCUGCUGGAGGCGUGGUCUUGCUGGGGCUCUCGCAGACGGACAUGGGUGGCAACGUGCCUCAGUGGGUCCAAUCCUUCGCCAAAAAGGCGGGCAAGCGCAUGCCGCUGCAGUGGGCACAGAGGUUGGAGGACUAUCUCAAAACCCGAAGCAGCCAGAUCGCUCCUUCUCGCCGCUGACGGGACAGAGAGACAUGGGAGCGUGGCAAAAGAAAACGCCAGGCUCAGCGGUUGGCCAGUUGAGUUCCACGAUCGAACACCGGAACCACACCCCCUCAAAAAGAAAGAACUUGGAAGAUUUCUAUUUGGAGACCCU